ACCAGUGCGCCAGCCUCUACAGAGAAGCAAGAUAAAGUACAGCACAUCGACCAGUCGGCAGAAGGGCUAUUCGUGCCUGGUGGCUUGUUUGUGGUUGUUGAUAGGAGAUCUUAACGAGGAGUACGGCCGCGAAGGGGAAAGGAGCCACUGGAGCCAUCAUGCAAGGAGGCUUCCACACACACCUGUUGGCCACACUGUCCCUGCUGCUCCUCACACAGGUUCACGCCAAAGUGCCGUGUGGGAAUUCUUCUCUGACUCUUCCGAGCUGGGGAGCACAGUCAGAAUAUCUUGCACAAUGUGUGCUCCACAGCGACUCAGGUCCAUUAUGUGAUUGGACUACGGCUCAGAGAGUGUCAGGAGGUGUAGCAUUGACCUUCUUAGAAAGCCCGGCCUUGAGCCUGGAAGGAGAGGCCUGUCUGGAGUUCUGGUACCAGAUGGCCCCGACGGCAUCAGAGAGCUCGGAACUGAGAGUCCUGCUGAAGGAGAACACACAAGGUCUGCUCCAAAUAUGGACCACACCUGGGCAGCAGAACGGUGGUGCUUGGAGACACGUUUCUCUCCCUUUGGCCGCCACAAAGGCAUCCACACAGGUUGUAUUUGAAGCUGCUCGGGAAUCAGGAGUUUCCUUUGACCAUAUAGGGAUAAGGAACGGACAGUGUGGGAGACAGUGUGAGCCCAACACAGACCUGUGGACAGACAAGUCGACCCGCUGUGUGUGUUCGGCUGCCGAGCAGCUCUCCUGCUCUACCCCCCUGUGCCCGGGCGGUCAGACGAGCGACCGGCCCAGCGAGAGCUCCGCUAAAGGCGUCAUGGUCGGUCGAGGGAUCUGCACCAUCCACACCGACCCACAAUGCAGCACCUUCGACGGGGCCCUCUUCCGCUUCAUGGCCCCCUGCACUUACAUCCUGGCCCAGACCUGCGUGCCCAUCAGGGGUCUUCCCGUGUUCAGCGUGGAGGUGGUCAACACCCAGGAUGCGAUCAACGCAUCCGAGGCGACGGUGGAGCGGAUCAACGUGGAAGUGAAUAACGUCAGGCUGUCCCUGCUGAAGAGGGAGACUCAGAGGGUCAUGGUCAACGGUGUGUGGCGGAGCCUCCCCCUCACCCUCCUUGGAGCCACGGUCAACAUCCGUAACAACCCUGCCGUCGUCACCGUGGAGACGGAUGACCGAGUCCUCAUCUCGUACGACAACGCCGGCGCCGUCCACGUGAAACUCCCUUCGGCGUACGCCGGCAAAGUGUGUGGGAUGUGCGGCAACUUCAACAGCCUCGGGGAGGACGACAACCGGAGGCCCGACGGGUCGGCGGCCCGCGACGCCACGGACCUGGCGCUGAGCUGGCAGACGGGGGCGCACGCCGGCCCCUGUGACGCCGUGCUGGUGCCCCACGUGUGUGACCCCCUGGAGGAGCUCUCGUACGGCAGCAGGCAGUUCUGCGGGGAGCUUCUGUCCACGACGGGGCCCUUCUCCCGCUGCCUCCCCGUCCUGGGCGUGGAGAGCUACUACCGGAGCUGCGUGGCCGGGAUGUGCGUCAGUCACGGCGACCUGGACGCCAUGUGCCGCACCAUGCAGUCAUACGCCAAGAUCUGCUACGACGCGGGGGUCGCCGUGCCGGCCUGGAGGAAUGGCACCACUUGCACCCUGGAGUGCGGCGCCAACAGUCACUACGAGGCCUGUGCUGACCGCUGCCUCGAUGGGUGCUCCAGCAUGGACCUGGCUGGCGCCUGCGGAACCUGUGAGGAGAGGUGCGUGUGCGACAAGGGGUACAAGCUCAGCGGAGGGGUGUGCGUACUGGCUGAGAACUGCGGCUGCUGGAACGACGGGCGUCAUUAUGAGAAAGGAGCGGUGUUCCUCCACGGAGGUUGCACCCAGAGGUGUCAAUGCCUGGGCAACGGACAGACCCUGUGUUCCGCCUGGGGCUGCUCAGGCAGUCAGGUCUGCAAGGACAAGGACGGGGUCAAGGGCUGUUUCACGCCUGAAACAGUCACCUGCAGCAUGUACGGUGACCCGCACUACAUCACCUACGACGGCAAGGCCUACGACUUCCAGGGUGGCUGCAAUUACACGCUGGCCACCACGUGCGGAGAGAAGACCCCGGUGCGGUUCACUGUGACCGGGCGCAACGCCAACCCCACCGACCAGAACCUCACCCGGUCCAAGCUGGAGACCGUGGUCCUUCAGAUCCAAGAGCUGCACCUCACCUUGCAGCAGAACAGAAAAGUCUAUGUGCACAACAAUCAGGUCCGUCUCCCUUACACCGUCUAUGGUUCCUACGGCUUGCUGAAAGUCACCAGGCAGAGGCAAUUUGUGGUGGUGGAGACGGGCGUUGGCCUGAGGGUGAUGAUCGAUGGGCAGAACAGGCUCUUCCUGCAGGUGGACGAGCGCUACAAGGGCCAGCUGUGUGGCAUGUGCGGGACCUACUCCGACUGGCAGGGGGACGACUUUGUGAGGCCGGACUGGUCCAACGCCACCGGGGCCUUGGACUUUGGCAACAGCUGGAGAGUGAUGGAGGACUCCAGCCCUUGCAUCGCCCUUCCGGAUGAUCCAAAAGUCUGUGACGAGCAAGGUGACGAGCAGGCCGUCAGUGAUUGCAGUGCUAUUCUCGAUGACUCCUUCAGCGCCUGCCACAAGCCUGUGCACCCGUUGAAAUACGUCUCCAGCUGCGUGUACGAUCAUUGCGCCACCAGCGGCGACCUUCACACCCUGUGUGACUCGCUGGAGUCAUACAGAGCAGCCUGCCAGGUGGCAGGGGUGGAGUUGCCCGCCUGGCAGAACAACACAGCCUGCGCUGUCAUCCCAAACACGACCCCUCCUCCAACAAGCACACCCCUAACUCCCGCUCCAACACCUGAUCAAACUCUUUGCGCUUUAAACUGCAACUUUGACAGCCAUGUGUGUGGCUGGCAGCAACUCAUACAGGACAGCUUUGACUGGACCAGACAGUCUGGCCCGACACCGUCCUUCUCUACCGGCCCAAAUGAAGACCACACCGGAGAGGGCUACUAUAUGUAUAUUGAGGGUGACGGUAUGACUCAUGGAAACUCAGCCCGUCUGCUCAGCGCCCAGUGCAACUACAGAGGCCCUCUGUGCUUGCAGUUCUGGUACCAUAUGCAUGGCUCGGCCUCAGCCAUGGCUCUCAACAUCUACCACCUCCACGCAGUACAGGCAGAGAAGGUUUGGUCAAUGGUCAAUGACCAGGGGUCUGAGUGGCAUCAAGCGUUUGUCGAUAUCAAAGAAAAAGGCACAUUCCAGAUCAUAAUAGAGGCGAUCCGAGGAUCUACUGCUCUGUCGGAUGUUGCUAUAGAUGACAUUUCAAUCCAAUUUGGUUCCUGCUCAAAUGGUUCCCCUGCAAUGCUCAGCGGAAGUUCAUUAGUUCCUCAAACACGCAGAGAACCGUUACUUUCACGCCCUGUGUGCAGCCUGGACUGUAGCUUCAAUGGCAAUCUUUGUGGCUGGAGCCAGGCGAUGACGGACGCUUUUGAUUGGACGAUGGAGCGUGGCUCCACCCCCACUCUGAUGACAGGGCCUUCAGCUGACCACACAGGAAACGGCCACUACCUGUACAUCGAGGCCAACAGUGCAACGUAUGGCGACACGGCGCGUCUCCUGAGCUCUGAGUGUUCCCUCACGGGUCCUCAAUGCCUGCGCUUCUGGUACCACAUGUACGGCUCAGCCGAUACCAUGGGCCUCCAUGUGUACCUGCUCCAGGACAGACUGGCCGAGGCAGUUUGGUGGAAAAGAAACGACCAAGGAGACGUAUGGAAAGAGGCUAUGGUAGAGCUCACUGCAACUGGGACUUUCCAGAUCAUCUUUGAAGGGCGCAGAGGUUCCAAUGAUCAGUCUGAUGUGGCAAUAGACGAUGUGAAGCUCUAUCAUGGUCCAUGCUCUGAUCUGACAGCUGCACUGCCCUCAUCUCCACAACCCAAUAUAUCAAUCACAACACAGGGAGAUUCAGCCCCUUCAACUGCUGCUCCACUACCACCUACGGGUGAUGUUACCGCCCAUACCACUGUUACAGUACUGCCAUCUGUUACAUCUGAGGUCCCAGCAAUGACUACCACUACUACUACUACUGCACCUUUGCAGGAAACACAUCCUGUAUGUAAAAUGAAUUGCGAUUUUGAACAAGACCUCUGUGAGUGGAAUCAGAUGGUUACUGAUGUUUUUGAUUGGACACGACACAAUGGCUCCACCCCAACCAUCAGGACCGGGCCCUCUUCUGACCACAUGGCUGGAGGAGGCCACUACUUGUACAUCGAGGCCAACAGUGCAACGUAUGGCGACACGGCGCGUCUCCUGAGCUCUGAGUGUUCCCACACGGGUCCUCAAUGCCUGCGCUUCUGGUACCACAUGUAUGGCUCAGCCGAUACCAUGGGCCUCCAUGUGUACCUGCUCCAGGAGAGACUGGCCAAUUCAGUUUGGGGGAAAAGAAACGACCAAGGAGACGUUUGGAAAGAGGCUAUGGUAGACCUCACAACAGAUGGCCCUUUCCGGAUCAUAUUUGAGGGGCGCCGGGGUUCCAAUGAUCAGUCUGAUGCUGCCAUAGACGAUGUGUCUCUUCGUCCCGGUCAUUGUGCAGAUAUUGUCACGCCAACAACCUCUCUGCCAGCAACUACCAGUACAAGUGGACCAGAAAUCUCAACAACAGCAGAAGAGUUAACACCAUCAGAACAACCUCAACCACAAACAACACUGAGGCCACAACCUAACCCUAACCCUAACCCUACUUUGCCACCACCUGAAACUACAGUACCAACAAAACCUCCAACCACAGAAGGACCACAACCUCCAACUACAGAAGGAGUACCAAACCCAACUACAGCAAGACCCCAACCUCAAACUACCGAAGGAGUACCACGCCCAACUACAGCAAGACCCCAACCUCCAACUACCGAAGGAGUACCACACCCAACUACAGCAAGACCCCAACCUGAAACUACUGAAGGAGUACCACAUCCAACUACAGCAAGACCCCAACCUCCAACUACAGAAGGAGCACCACACCCAACUACAGCAAGACCCCAACCUCCAACUACCGAAGGAGUACCACGCCCAACUACAGCAAGACCCCAACCUCAAACUACAGAAGGAGUGCCACACCCAACCACAGAAGGAGUAUCACACCCAACUACAGCAAGACCCCAACCUCCAACUACAGAAGGAGUAUCACGCCCAACUACAGCAAGACCCCAACCUCAAACUACAGAAGGAGUACCACACCCAACUACAGCAAGACCCCAACCUCCAACUACCGAAGGAGUACCACACCCAACUACAGCAAGACCCCAACCUCCAACUACCGAAGGAGUACCACACCCAACUACAGCAAGACCCCAACCUGAAACUACAGAAGGAGUACCACACCCAACUACAGCAAGACCACUACCUCAAACGACAGAAGGAGUACCACACCCAACUACAGCAAGACCACUACCUCAAACGACAGAAGGAGUACCACACCCAACUACAGAAAGACCCCAACCUCAAACUACCGAAGGAGCACCACACCCAACUACAGCAAGACCCCAACCUCCAACUAGUGAAGGAGUACCACACCCAACUACAGCAAGACCCCAACCUCAAACUACAGAAGGAGUACCACACCCAACUACAGCAAGACCCCAACCUCCAACUACAGAAGGAGCACCACACCCAACUACAGCAAGACCACUACCUCAAACUACAGAAGGAGUACCACACCCAACUACAGCAAGACCCCAACCUCCAACUACCGAAGGAGUACCACGCCCAACUACAGCAAGACCCCAACCUCAAACUACAGAAGGAGUGCCACACCCAACCACAGAAGGAGUAUCACACCCAACUACAGCAAGACCCCAACCUCAAUCUACAGAAGGAGUACCACGCCCAACUACAGCAAGACCCCAACCUCAAACUACAGAAGGAGUACCACGCCCAACUACAGCAAGACCACUACCUCAAACUACAGAAGGAGUACCACACCCAACUACAGAAGGAGUACCACACCCAACUACAGCAAGACCACAACCUCCAACCACAGAAGGAGUACCACACCCAACUACAGCAAGACCCCAACCUGAAACUACAGAAGGAGUACCACACCCAACUACAGCAAGACCACUACCUCAAACGACAGAAGGAGUACCACACCCAACUACAGCAAGACCCCAACCUCAAACUACAGAAGGAGUACCACACCCAACUGCAGCAAGACCACUACCUCAAACGACAGAAGGAGUACCACACCCAACUACAGAAAGACCCCAACCUCAAACUACCGAAGGAGCACCACACCCAACUACAGCAAGACCCCAACCUCCAACUACUGAAGGAGUACCACACCCAACUACAGCAAGACCCCAACCUCAAACUACAGAAGGAGUACCACACCCAACUACAGCAAGACCCCAACCUCCAACUACAGAAGGAGCACCACACCCAACUACAGCAAGACCACUACCUCAAACUACAGAAGGAGUACCACACCCAACUACAGCAAGACCCCAACCUCAAACUACAGAAGGAGUACCACACCCAACUACAGCAAGACCCCAACCUCAAACUACAGAAGGAGUGCCACACCCAACCACAGAAGGAGUAUCACACCCAACUACAGCAAGACCCCAACCUCAAUCUACAGAAGGAGUACCACGCCCAACUACAGCAAGACCCCAACCUCAAACUACAGAAGGAGUACCACGCCCAACUACAGCAAGACCACUACCUCAAACUACAGAAGGAGUACCACACCCAACUACAGCAAGACCCCAACCUCCAACUACCGAAGGAGUACCACACCCAACUACAGCAAGACCCCAACCUCAAACUACAGAAGAAGUGCCACACCCAACCACAGAAGGAGUACCACGCCCAACUACAUCAAGACCACAACCUCAAACUACAGGAGUACCACACCCAACUACAGCAAGACCCCAACCUCAAACUACCGAAGGAGUACCACACCCAACUACAGCAAGACCACAACCUCCAACCACAGAAGGAGUACCACAUCCAACUACAGAAGGAGUACCACACCCAACUACAGCAAGACCACAACCUCCAACCACAGAAGGAGUACCACGCCCAACUACAGCAAGACCCCAACCUCAAACAACCACGACUCUUCCCCUGACCCCAACUAAGCCAGUGCGACCAACUACUGAGCGUCCACAGCAGUCAACUACCUUGAAACCAACGCCCUCUUGCCCAAAGAACAGCCAGCACACCACUUGCAUGUCCCCCUGCCAGCCAACAUGUACCCUCCCUCAGGGGCCCCCUGGCUGCAGGCGGACCAGUCCCUGUAAGCAGGGGUGUGCGUGUGACGCCGGGUACAUACUCAAAUGGAACGCCGUCUGCGUGCCAAUCCGGCAGUGUGGCUGUGUGGACCGGGAUGGCAGCGUACACGAUUUUAACGACAAGUGGUACACUGCACACUGCAGGCAGAAAUGUGAAUGCAAAAAAGAUGACAGGGUAGGAGAAGUCGACUGUGACGACGAAGAUGAGUGUGACGGUGAUGGGGUUUGUCUUCCAAACACUUCGGGCCAGUACAAGUGCCUUUCCACAGAUUUCAAGGAGUGCACCAUCAAGGGGGACCCAGAGUACAGAACCUUUGAUGAUCGGAAGCACAAGUUCAGGGGGGACCACUCGUACGUCCUGGCUCAGACGACCAGCCAAUCACGAACCCUCCCAGGGUUCUACGUAGAAGGCGUCAACACGCAUGACGAGGGUGACGGCGACCACAGUGAGGAUUCCGAUGAGAGGAGCAGUGAAGAGCAUCGCCACAGCAACAGAGAAAGGGACGAAGACAGUGAUGAAGACGAUGAAGACGAAGACAAUGAUGACGACAGCGAAGAAAACGGCAGGCGCCACAGGCUGAGAGAGAUGAAGAUCAGAGUCUACAACCACACGGUCGAGUUUAAGAGGAGCGGCGUGCUGGUGGUGGACGGCAGAGUCUCUCACCCGCCCAUCUCCCCUAGCGGAGGGCUCAGCAUCAGGAAGCACUCCUCCCGACUCUAUCUGAAUACAGACUUCGGCCUAUCGGUGGCGUUCGAUGGACACAGCCAAGCCGCAGAGAUCAUCUUACCACACAUCUAUCGGAGGAAGGUGGCGGGUCUGUGUGGGAACUUUGACGGCAAGAAGAAGAACGACUUCAUGAAGCCGGACGGUCGGCAGGCCAGGGACGAGCAGGAGUUCGGUCAGAGCUGGAGGGUGACCGGCGACCCUCUUAGAAUCAGAGGGAGGUGAUCCACUUCCUGACCCAGCUAGUUCAAGGGUUGAACUGGCCAGAGUAAAGCGGUUAUUAUCUGUCUCCAGAGACCUCUUCACGGGUUACCUUCACAAUUCCAUCAACCAUCUUAAUUGAACAGAGGUCGAACCAAAUCUCCUGCCUCUAGUAUAACUACUCCUUAAUCGACUCAAGUACUACAAAUACUACUUAGUAAUAAACACGGGUUACUACAACAACAAAAAGUGUUCUGACUACUACCAUACAACUUGAUUUCGUUUGAAUUGCUGUGAACACAAAUUGCAAAGGAUUUGGUUGCUGUGAAAUAGCAUACAUUUUCACAUAUUGCCAAUGUUCUCAUGUACUUUGCAGUGAGUUUUAUAUAUUUUCUGUUUACAUUCUAUUUGUGCACAUCUGAAAACAAAAAUGAAAGUCAAAUAUUUUAAAAUUAAAAGGCCUUUGCAAGGCGUUCCUUUCUCUUGCAAAUUAAACAUUCAGCCUGAAGAUCA